ACUACAAAUCGUGUACAGCACAUACAUAUCACAGAUUCAUAUGCGUAUGAACGUACGCACGGAGGGGGUACGCGUACGUAUGGUACGCUAUGCAUGAGAGAAUCGUGAAUCGUAGAUACUUAAAUUAUUUUGAGUAAAAUGGCAAAUUCGAUGGGUGCUGUUGGAUGGGAAGAUUUAAGAAAACAGGCUCGACACCUUGAAAAUGAGAUCGAAGCAAAACUUGUCGCAUUUAACAAAUUGGGCGUUAAUGCAGGAUCUAUUCAUGCAAGUAGCGAUACAGUUCCCUUACUUGAUGAAGAACACGUUUUUGAAAAUAUGGCCACCGAGAUAGAAUCUUUGGUAGCAAAGCUGUCAACAGUAAAUGAUCGCAUGGGAGAAAUAAAACCAAAUGGAGCUCCUAUGCUGCAUACGAUGCAACGUCAUAGAGAAAUUUUAAAGGAUUAUAAGCUAGAAUUGAAUAAAACUCAAACCAACUUUACUGCAAAACGAGAUAGAGAAGAUCUUUUAGGAAGUGUGCGAAAGGAAAUUGAUAAUUAUAAAAGUGGGAAUGGUCUAAACAGGAGGGAGCAGUACUUGAAAGAGAGCCAACAUUUACAUAACUCCGAUAGACUGGUUAAUGACCAAAUAAGUAUAGCAGUGGAGACGCGAGACCACUUAGUAUCUCAGCGGCAUACCUUUAAACGAAUUCAAACCCGUUUCAACGAUAUCUCCAAUCGGUUUCCAGCUGUUAAUAGUUUGCUACAAAGAAUAAACAUACGCAAACGUCGUGACUCGAUCAUUUUAGGACUGAUUAUUGGAUUUUGUACGUUUCUAAUGUUACUGUAUGCUUUUGGUUCAUCAUAAAAUUUUAGGAGGUGUAACCAAACAUUGGGUGUAUAUAGAUUGGAAAAAAUAGGAAAGUACAUUGCCGCUAGUUUUUUUUUUUCCCAUGUAUGUUGUAUGGCAGGAUGUUUCAGAAAUCAGUGUUUUUUUCGUAAGUCGAGCACAUCCGAUAUGUGAAAAAUCUAUCCCCAUAUUGCGCAAUUGAACGAGUGCCAAAAGUCAUUGUUAUUCUGAAAAUAUUUUCAAUUCGUCCAAUGAUGGGACAUUUUUUUUCAUUAUAUGUACCAAGUCCGGGUUAAUUUCAUACCUAUUAAUUCACCAGUGCCAAGCUUUUCUUGGCCAUUCACUACCACUGUAUAAUUAUGGGCGCACAAUAUUUUUUCAUGCGCAGAUCUAUUCCAUGUAAUUGGUGAGUGAUUAAACAAACUUACUCUCAGGAGACUUGGUGAUUUUUUUUAUCUUGUAUUGUUGAUGUUUACUUAUUGAAUUUAUAUCUUUUUUCCAUUCAAAUUAAUUAUAGAGGCUACUCGAAAUGUACACAUGAACACAGCCUAUGUUAGAUUUCCGUAAUGGAAUAGUUUAUUGAAAUGAUUCGGUAAGUACAUUAAUGUGCUGGUGAUUAUGUAUCAUAUGUAAAUAUAGCAGACUGAAAUAAAGAGUACACAUAAUUUUUAA